AGGGCGAAUAUAGAAAUUAAUAUCCAAAGCAGUGGCGCACGCCGAGGGUUUCUCUGUACGGACUGCCUAAAACCCUUCGCAGAGAAACAGAGGGAGAGUAGAAGCAGUGCAGUGACAAUAAGCAAUGGACACGAAGACUGCGGCAGGAGGCUCUGGGAAAGGAGGGAAGAAGAGCAAGAAGGCGAAUAAUGGAGCUUGGCCCAAGGGCGUUGAUGAAGCCGCUCGAAUUCGGAUUUCAGAAAUUCUCCAACGCUUUCGAUCUUCUAAUGAAGAAGUGUACAAAUUUGGAUCAAAUCUUAACAAUUUUGAGCGAGCAGCAGUGCAUAUGCUGUGUAGGAAAAUGGGCAUGCGCUCCAAAAGUCAUGGGCAUGGGAAUGCACGUCAGGUAUCUGUUUUCAACAAGGGAAAGAAAAUAGACUCACAGAGAGGGAAUGAGACUCUCACUUGUCUUAAGUUUUCAAAAGGUGCAAAAACCAUUCUAAAUGAUCUAUUUAGUCGAUAUCCACCUGGUGACGAGGAGACAACUUCUUAUAUGUCUGAAAAACAUAAUAAAAAAGCCGGCAAGUUAUUUGGAUUAAACGAUGAUAUCUUCCGCAAACCUGCAAUGGACAAGUCAGAUAUUGCAAAGAAAGUGGAACUACUUGCUUCUAGAGUGGAAAAAAGCCAAGACCUGAGACAGACUUUAAAACGGAGGUCCAAACUUCCAAUUGCUUCUUUCAAGGAUAUCAUUACAUCAAGCAUAGAAUCUUAUCAGGUAGUGCUAAUCUCUGGUGAAACUGGAUGUGGAAAAACUACUCAGGUCCCACAAUAUAUUUUAGAUCACAUGUGGGCUAAGGGUGAGACGUGCAAAGUUGUGUGUACUCAGCCACGGCGUAUUUCUGCAACUUCUGUUUCUGAAAGAAUUUCUACUGAAAGAGGUGAAAAUCUUGGUGAUACUGUUGGUUAUAAGAUUCGGAUGGAAAGCAGCGGAGGAAGACACUCGUCUAUUGUAUUUUGUACUAAUGGGGUUUUACUGAGGAUUCUGGUCAACACUAGCAAGUUGAACAAAAAAGCUUUGCAAAGGGGGAAGGAUGCUAUGUCUGACAUUACCCACAUCAUUGUGGAUGAAAUUCAUGAAAGGGAUCGCUUCUCCGAUUUCAUGCUAGCAAUUAUCAGGGACAUGCUUCCUUUGUAUCCUCAUUUGCGCCUGAUUCUAAUGAGUGCCACAAUGGAUGAGGAACGUUUUUCAAAGUAUUUUGGCGGCUGCCCAAUAAUCAGAGUCCCUGGAUUCACUUACCCAGUAAAAACUUUCUACCUAGAAGAUGUACUUGGUUUUGUUAAAUCAGUGGAAAAUAAUCACCUUGACAAUACAACAGCUAGUCUCAACUCAAAAGACUCCGUAUUAACAGAGGAAUAUAGAGUUGCCUUAGAUGAAGCUAUUAAUCUGGCUGCAACUGAUGAUGAGAUUGAUCCCCUCUUAGAUAUAAUAUCUUCUGAAGCGAUACCUGCAGUCAUUAAUUACCAACAUUCUUUGAUAGGAGUGACACCUUUGAUGGUUUUUGCUGGAAAAGGUAGUAUCAAUGGUCUUUGCACACUCCUUUCUCUGGGUGCUGACUGCCACUUAAAAACCAAGAAUGGGACAACUGCUCUAGAUUGGGCACAACAACAGAACCAGACAGAAGCAGCUGAAAUUAUUAAAAAACACAUUGAGAAAUCAUUUUCCAAUUCUGAGGAGCAGCAACUUUUACUUGAUAAAUAUCUAUCAACAGUUCAUGCUGAAUUGAUUGAUGAAGUUCUCAUUGAACAGCUAAUAAGAAAAAUAUGUAUGAACUCAAAGGAUGGAGCCAUCCUAGUUUUCCUUCCUGGGUGGGAUGAUAUUAAUAGAACAAGAGAAAGAUUGCAUAAGAGUGCAUUUUUCAAAGAUGCAUCCAAGUUUUCAAUAAUUCCUCUCCAUUCUAUGGUUCCAUCAGUGGAGCAAAAGAAGGCUUUUAAACGUCCUCCCCCAGAUUGUCGCAAAAUCAUUCUUUCAACUAAUAUUGCUGAGACUGCUGUUACCAUUGAUGAUGUAGUUUUUGUAAUAGAUAGUGGACGUGUAAAAGAAAAAAGUUAUGAUCCUUAUAACAAUGUAUCAACUCUUCAAUCCUCUUGGAUUUCAAAAGCUAGUGCCAAGCAACGUGAAGGACGCGCAGGGCGCUGCCAGCCAGGAAUCUGUUAUCAUCUUUAUUCGAAACUUAGAUCAGUUUCACUGCCAGAGUUCCAAGUUCCUGAAAUUAAGAGGAUGCCUAUCGAGGAGCUAUGUUUGCAGAUUAAGCUUCUUGACCCAGAUUGUAAUGUUGAGGAGUUCCUUCAGAAGACAUUAGAUCCUCCUGUUUAUGAGACAAUAAGAAAUGCAAUUAUUGUUCUGCAAGAUAUUGGUGCCUUGACUAUCGAAGAGAAACUUACAGAACUUGGGCAGAGGAUAGGAUCUUUACCUGUUCAUCCUCUUACAAGCAAGAUGCUUUUGAUUGCUAUUUUAUUGAAUUGCCUUGACCCUGCAUUGACAUUGGCCUGUGCAUCUGAGUAUAAAGAUCCAUUUACUCUUCCAAUGUUACCAACUGAAAGGAAAAAAGCUGAUGCUGCAAAAGCAGAGCUAGCCACGUUAUACGGUGGGCGUAGUGAUCAAUUGGCUGUGGUGGCUGCAUUUGAGUGCUGGGAAGGUGCCAAGCAAAAAGGUGAGGAAUCGAAGUUCUGUUCUCUGUAUUAUGUAUCAUCUGGUACCAUGAAAAUGAUAUCAAGAAUGCGCAAGCAGCUGCAGUCCGAAUUGCUUCGAAAUGGGUUUAUUAUACAAGGAUACAUGUCUGAGUAUAAUCUAAAUGCUCAAGAUCCAGGAAUUCUACAUGCUGUCCUUGUUGCUGGUUUGUAUCCUAUGGUAGGGAGAAUGCUUCCACCUCUCAGAGGUGGAGGUGGAAGGAAAAAUGUUGUAGAAACUGCAGGUGGUGAUAAAGUUCGAUUGCAUCCUUGCUCUACCAACUUCAAGCUGUCAGUCAAAAACCGUGAACAACCUAUAAUUCUAUACGAUGAGAUAACUCGUGGAGAUAGUGGUUUGCACAUAAGACGUUGUAGUAUAAUUGGGCCACUCCUGCUGCUAUUGCUUGCAACUGAGAUUGUAGUGGUUCCUGCGAAUGAUAACAAUGAUGUUGGUGAUGACAAUGGAAGUGACUAUGAAAGUGGCUGCGAAGAUGACAGUGAGGAAGAGAAAAAAAAAUCAGACCUGUCCAAUGGAGAGAACGUUAUGUCGUCUCCUGAUAAUAGAGUGAAGGUCGUUGUUGAUCGGUGGCUACCUUUUUUUUCAACUGCUCUUGAUGUUGCUCAGAUAUACUGCCUGAGAGAGAGAUUAUCUGCUGCAAUUUUGUACAGAGUGACAUAUCCAUCAAAAGAACUUCCUGAAGCUCUAUGUGCUUCUAUGUAUGCAUUUGCUUGUAUCCUAUCAUUUGACUGGAUGAAUGGGAUCUCAUUGCCAUGUGAGCCCAUCGACUCACUUACUACAAUGGUUCGUUCUGCUGAGAUCAGUGAGUCACCUUCUGGGAAGAAAAAUGCGGAGGCUAAUAAGAAUUAUCUUAAGUCACUUAUGUGCCAUGAUAGCUUGCAAAACCAAAACAUGCCCACUUCCCUUGGCGCAAGUUCAUCUCAGAGUUCUGCAUUGCAAGAUCUCCUUUCUGGGCCAGGAUCAGCAAUGCACAGGGGUUCUAGGAGGCAGCGUGGAAAUGGAUCCUGACACGUAGAUAGUUGAAGAUUGAAAGGUUACUGUGACAAAAACUUCAUCUAGGUGCAGUGGUAGCUUUACUUUUACAGCUCCUGAGAAUUUCACUUACACCUUCCAGUUGCUACAAGUACUCUGUGAUGCACUGGAGUAGAGUUUGGUUUUCUCAGCCCCAAAACCAGAGGGACAAUUGUUGUUUAGCUAAGAACAAGCAAAAUCUGAGUUGCCAUUAAUGUUGUUUGUGGCUCUCAUCUUUCCAGUUUUCAGCAGGGAAGAGGGGAGGAGUCAGAAAAUGAAUACAAGUUGAAGUUACUUUCUAUAUGAUAUCAGAGAUGCUUCUGCCCAAUAUUGAUUUAGAAUAUAGUACUAAAGCUUUGUCAUUAGACAAUAUAUGUAUCUUUAGGACUGGGGAAAUUGAAUUACCCCCAAAUAGAAGCAUGUUAAUCUUUGUGUUUGCUUUCUAUCCUUCUACUUGACCAUGAAGUAUUUUGGAUACUCAUGCUUUAUGGCUUUUCUAAUACCAAAUUUUCAGAAAGAUAUCUGAAUAUU